UGUGGUGCCCUUCGACACGGAGGAGCCGCAAGCGCAAGUGCCGGAGACGACGAUCGCCACUUGGGAGGCCUCGCCCGAUGAAGAGAUGCAGAAGGAAGAGUCUGGUCUCCUAGGCGAUGUACCCCGGCGACUUUCCGAAUGCUAUGGUCCUCUAGAGCAAGAAACGCCGAAAACACUGACCCCAACAGAAAAUCAAAGAAGGAAGAGCGCUGAACGCAGGAGUUCCAACAAGUCCCGGAAAAGCCGAAGGAGCAGUUUACAGGUGACCCCCUUAGCCUCGCAGCGAGUGCGCAUGCGCUUGGGCUCCUCUGCCUAUGCGGAGGUCUUGACGGCUGAGAGUUUGCACAACGCAUUAGAAGAGCUUGGACUGAAUUUCACCCAGGAAGAUAUCAAGUUGCUGGUAAACCAGCUGGCGGACUACAUCGACCUGAAAUUCGUCAAGGACCCGGAGCAGGAUCAGACGGCCGGAAUCGAUGUGGACCGUGACCAAGCUGUCUGGGAAUUUCCGGAGGUCAAGAACCCAUCAGUCCGAAGGAGUUGGGCCAUGGAUUUCGAACCCAAACGAGACUGGAAUGUUUGCCCCACCGAUGCUUUGGUGAAUCUGUUGACGGAUCCCGAAGUGCAUCUCUCGAAGCGAAUCUUCGGUCCGAAGACGCGGAAACAGUUCGACACGAUCCGUGAGCAUCUCCAACGAUGGGAUCCUAACGAUUUGGUACACGAGAUCACACAGGCGAAGGCUGCCAACCUGGACAUCAGUGAAGGCUCCAACACAUGGGGCUUGGAUAUGCUGAGCUCCACGGAGGCGCAGGCCAUCCGGCAGCGCUUGCGCGUGCGCCUGGGGGCGGCGGUGACCUCGGAAAGGAAUGAUCUGGUGAAUUCCAUCGCAGACUUCAUUGAUCUUCACUUUGAGGUGAAACCAACUGGUGCUGAUUUUCGUCGUAGCAAUUCGCCCAUGGCGGUCUUCAAUUUCGGGGAAGAAGAUGAAACCAACGGGUUUGGACCUCCGAUUUGGGCUUGGCCUGAACGCACCUCGGGCAACGUGUCGCAAGCCCAAAGUGUUUCCGUCUCCCCAGCUGCCUUUGAGAGUCGAAUGUCCUAUGAGGGCAACCCUCAGCGAAACUACAACGUGGUGCCCUUGCCCGCCCUGAUGGAUCUCUUCAUGAUCCCCGACUACGAAGUGCACCGCAAGAUGUUCAGCUCGCGACUGCUGACGCAGUUCGAGGCGAUGAGGGAGAUCCUUCUGGCCGGUGACACUAAUCGCUUGGUCGCCGAACUGACCUUUGUGCGAAUCAAUGACUUGGCAGCUCCCCCAGAACGGAUGGGUGUCCUGCUAUUUAUGGAGCCUUUUGUGGCUCUGCUGAUCAUCGCCAAUGGUAUCAUGAUUGGCUUUCAGACACAUCCAAACUUUGAAGAUUGGGAUGGAUGGCCCUGGUUGGAGGUGAUGUUUGUCAUUGCUUUGGUCCUCGAGAACGUGCUUCGCAUUCGCCUCCUAGGUUUACGCAUGUUCUUCUGUGGCAACGACCGAAUCUUCAACUGGUUUGACUUCUUUUUAUCCCUCACCGGAUUAGCUGACCUGCUCAUUUCUCACCUCAGUGAGGAAUCCGACAUGUUCGGCGUGUCCUUGCUACGCUUCUGCCGCCUGAUUCGCCUGGUUCGGGUGGUGAAAGUCUUCCGACUGAGGUGCAUGAAGGAACUGCGUUUGAUGGUGAAAGGAUUGGUGGCUGGCUUUCGCACCCUCUGUCUGUCCUUCGUUCUGCUCAUUGCUGUGCUCUACGUCAUCUCCGGCUUCGCCACCAUGACCAUUGGUAGUGACCAACGGACCUCCGAUCUGGGACUGUUGAUCCACUUCGAGACCAUUCCACAGGCGAUGUUCACGGCCUUCCUCUGUUUCUCCGGAGAGUGCAUUGAUCGUUCAGGGCGGCCUAUCCAUACCUUGAUCGCCAAUGAGUUUGGUAUUCCUUUCGUCAUGUGCUACGUGGUGAGCUAUAUGUUGGUAUCGAUGGGUAUUUUCAACGUGAUCUUGGCUGUUUAUGUUGACAUCACAAUGAAAGCUGCCAAGGAGAACGAUGCCAUGACGGCCGAGCAACAUGCACGUGAGUCUAUUCGGAUUGCCCGUACCACUCGCGAGCUGUUGAAAAAGUUUGCUGCAGCAUAUCGCCUGUACCAAGACAUGGACAACAUCGACAAAAUGCCGCAAUUGGACUUCAACAAUGGCGCAGCUCCCUUCACGGACAACGACAUUCAUGCUAAAAUCGCAAUCACGAAAGAGCUUUUCCUGCUGGUGAUUCAGGACCGAUGUGUGCAACGACUCAUGGACGAAUUAGACUUGCCUCCGGACCGCGCCAACCUUUUUGAGGCUGGGCUGGCCAUGACUACACGGUGGGACCGUGUGGACCCGAUGACCCUUCACGGGCUCAGCAGCGAAUGGUAA